AUGAACAGCAGCGACUGUCUCGACUCGUCGCUGUGGUGUGGCUCGUGGUUCAACCACGUUGUAAUAGUAAACGCAGUGUAUCCAAACCAGCCAGGUCAAGAAGGCCCACAAUCCAGCAACCUCUCGAAAUUGAUUUUCUAUGCUUCAAGCAAACCUCAAAAGCUAGCUAAAAUCGGCACAUAUCUGGAAAAGAGAUUGAGGCUGGAUUUGAGGAGGUAUCGUGUUGGAUACGUGAGAGUGACAUUACAGAUCCUGAGUGCAUUGAUUGAUCAAUGUCAUCAGCAUCUAAACCUGUUUGCGAAAAGCGUGCUGAGGAUUGUGCUCGAGAUACUGGGGAAUCCAGAUCCGGAUUUGAUUGUUAGCUCCACUAGUGUCUUUGUACUGUUUAGCAGAUAUCACGAUCACACUGCCUCAGCAGAUAUCGAAUUGAAUGACAUUUAUUCGCACUUGGUGGACAAAUUUUGUGCGCUGGCUACAUAUUUGACUAGUGAUCAUCUUAUUGAGCACAAGAUGCACUUGGCAGGUUUAAAGGGUAUACAUUCCAUGGUAGCAUCAGAUACGUUUCUGAGUGGAAGUCGAGCAGAGCAGUAUGCAGAGAAGAUUAUACCGUCUGCCAUGUCAAACGUGUAUGAUCCAACUGAGAGUGGUGAAAUGUCGGCCGUGUCGCCGAAUUCUCCUGGUAGAACAAUACCGCCAUCUCCAGGUUUAGGAGGCCCAUCUCCCGCUGCCAAACGAGCUUCGAUAACAGACGAUUUAAUAACAGAUUCAGAAUUGGAGCAUAUUGCUGACGAUACUUUGAGGGAUUUGUUUGCAAAGUCGAAUGUCGCUAGUAUCAAGUUCCUGUUGCCGCCAGUGUUUCAGUACUUGGACGAACACGAGAAAUGGCCGUCAUCAGUAUUCGUAAUCCAUAUCAUACAUGUUAUAACGAACGCAGUACAGCCACAGCACCGAUACGUUCCAAUGCAAAACAUGCUAGAACGACUACAAAACCAAUCUGCAACCUCAUCACCAGAAAUACAGACCUCCAUAGUACGAUCCUUAACAUAUCUGAUAUCGGCCGGUGGUGGCAGUAUAGGCAUGACGAUUUUGGAGCUUGUAGAAGUCCUCGUUGGUCAAUUACUAUCUACAACUGGAACAAGUCACUCGACAAGUUCGACACAUAAAGCAGAUGCAGAAGCAACAUUGGAGCAGGCUCUGAUUGAAUCUGUAGGGUCUUUGGCUACUCAGGUGCAGUAUCCAGAUCAAGUGAAUGAGAUACUGGCCUUUUUAAUCAAUCGGCUGAAACUCGAGCUGCCAACUCCUUUAUUGCCUGCUUCUGGCGCCUCUCCUGCCGGAAGCAGCGAUGUGCCAAUCACGCCUGUGUCGAAUAGACAGACCGCAGAGUCGUUAACGAUAGACUCCAAGACGAUAACGUCUCGCAAAAUAUUGUUACGGUGUUUACAAAUGGUGGUGCAUGUGAGGUUUGCACAUGUACAGGCAGUGUCCAGAGAUGGUGGCGGUGGUGAUGCGUCGUCACAGCUAUCGGUACGGCGACUUGUGCCUAAUGUUGUGCGUAAUCCCGUUGACUAUGUGCUUAUACGGCCAACGCUGAGGCUUGUUAAUGACGGGGAUGUGGAUAUAAGGCUGUUUGCGGCCGAGUUUCUGUGUAGCUUGUUUGGGUUGGAGACUGUGGAGGCUAGUAUUGGGUUGUCGACUACCAAUAGUCCCAAGUUCUUGACGGAUUUCAACAAGGCCAUCUACGAAUACUCCCUCUCAUCACACAACCUGCCCGUCGACUAUAUCGCCAUCAGCAAUCUAACAUGUAGCUCGUUUAAACGAUUCGGUGCCGAACAUAUCAUAAAGGCCAUCCCCGUAUUGUACAAGGUCCAAUCAACCGCGUACGAAUCCAAGAUUUUAUCACCGUCGUCGCAACGCUCGUUGGGAAAUAUAUUCAUUGAUGCCUUGUUGACUGCAUCUGAUAUACUGGGUAACCUGGAGAUACGCGAGUAUGUGGUGCAAUUGAGGAGUGAGAGGAUGGAGGCUGGACAGAUACAGGUUGGAUUGGAUGCUGGCUUGGAGGUUGCUGUGACGGGGAGCAGGAAGUCAUUCCAGGAUAUCGAAAAUGGAUUAAACUUGUCGCCAUUAACGCUUCUGGUCGCCGAAUCCACUCUGAAUGGUAUACUGAUUAGAGAUAAUCAGAUACGGAAAGUCGGUGGUGUUGUUGAGAAGCUGGCUGUGGAGUAUGUGCCUGAGGAUUCGGAUAGUCUAGAACCAGACAAAUCAGUUGCUGGAAAGAAUGCCAAGAAUAGGGCAUCUGUGUUGGGCAUCUCUAGUAGGACGUCCGGAUCGACUGUUACUGUAGUUGGUGCAGGUGCUCGCAAGGCGCCGUCGACGAAUGACUCUUCUGAGGACGAUGUCGGUAGUCCUCCUAUCCGAGUAGAUGAUCUUAAAGAAGCAUUGGCCACCCCGUCAUCUGGUGCUCGAAGCGAGCUUGCUGAACUGGAUAUAAGCUCGAUGCCAAUGGGAGAAACAGAAGAUGCAACUGCAAGAGAGGUUCGGCAGUUGUUGAGCUCUCUUCAAGGGACAUUUGAAUCUGUAUCGUCAAAACGCAGUUCACGACAACUAGCAUCUGUAUCCGAAUCAGGAGAUGUAAAUGGAAACGGCAUGAAUGGUGUAAACCAAGUCUUUAGGUCUCGAUCCCUCAAAUAUCAAAAGAAAUCAACCUCAACUGCAACAACAAGUCAAAAUAACACCAAUAGUGGAGUAUCCUCUUUAUCAACACCAGCUCUUGAUGAACCUGCUAAUGCAAGUACAGCAACAAAACAAGCACUGAUUAUAAACUCACAACCACGCCCACCUGUUGGAGUCCCUGAAAUGGCGGACAUGCUGCAUUUGCGCAAGACACCAGACUUUUUGAGCACGAGGUAUAUCAAGAAUGCUGCUAGUGCGAGUAGUUUGAGGCUUCGUGAGCCUAGUGUUGGUGGAUUUACAUAA